CACUACGAUAUCUUGUACAAAAUUUACUUUUGCCAUUUGUUUUCAUCUGACAUUUAACAAAUAAAUUUAGUUGGUAACGCGAAAGCGAUGGCAGUGAAGAAAAUUUCCUUUUAAAAUAUCAAAUACAAGUGAGUAAAAUAAUACAAGUGGUACACGCUAAGGCAAUACUUAGGAUAUGCAUGGUGUACCGCUUGAGAUCUACUAAAUCAAAAUUUCUUUUUGCUUGCAAACAAAUCUUUCAAAACGCGAUUUUCUCCACUACCUAAUAAUUUUCGCUAAUUGGUACGACAAUUAAAUUAAAAGAAUCAGGCAACCACUGUUAUUUGACAGAAAAGUGCAAUCCACUGGAAGUAGAGCAAGAAACGAAUGACAUUCCCAGCAAUACCGAUUUUCGUUAGUCAUUUUUUAUUAAAAAUUUCUUCGGUUUAGUGCGGAAAACGCAACCGUUGACCGAAAAAAACUAAACAAUACAAUAUUAAAUUAAUUAGGAGUGCAUAAAUACAACUAAAGGUCAAUUGAGAGCACAAUUUUUGACAACGUAAUAAAAAAAAACAUAUUGAUUGCUUGAAAAGUGCAGCAGAAGGCCAAAGCAAGAAAUAAAAAUAAGAAGGGGGAAAAACAACAAAAGGAUAGUGAAAAUCGAUUGCAAAAGACGUGAACAUUUAAACAAGUGUAAGAUCGUUAAUACGCAGUGCAAAAUUUAUUAAUUAGUUCUUCAAUUGAGCUCUUUAGCUGAGUAUUUGUUUGAAAUGGGAAUUUUUACGCAAUCGACACCGUUUGAUGCGGAUAUUGAAAAAACUACAAGCGAAACAAAUACAAACGAAAAUUGGUCUCUUAUUCUGGAUGUGUGCGAUAAAGUCUCAUCCAAUCCUCGCAGCGCCAAAGAUUGCCUGAAGGCAAUAAUGAAACGUAUGGGCCAUGCUGACCCACAUGUUGUAAUGCAGGCGCUAACACUAUUAGAUGCCUGUGUAAAUAAUUGCGGUAAACCAUUUCAUUUGGAAAUCGCUUCACGUGAAUUCCAAAACGAAUUCAGGCGUCUGUUAGCGAAAGCGCAACCGAAAAUAUCGCUGAAAAUGCGUCAAGUGAUUAAAAGCUGGGCUGAAAGCGAUUUUAGGAGUGAUCCUGAAUUGAAUUUGAUACCAUCGCUUUAUAUGAAAUUGCGCCUAGAAGGCUACGACUUCAGCAAUCUGAACGAGAAUCCGCCAAAGUCAGCAGCAAAAUUGACUGCUUUGAAAGAUCCCAAUGUGGUGAGCAGCCAACAAGAGGAAGAUGAUAUUGCCAAAGCGAUAGAGCUAUCGUUGAAGGAGACCAAGAAUAGUCCCAAGAUACAAAGUAGCAGCAAUGCUGGUGCCGCUGCUAGCGCUAGCACGAAUGCUGCUUCGGCUUAUUCCUCAUUGUAUCCGUCAUUUUCGGGUUCUGGUUCGUUGGCGAGCAUUACUUCUACCGGUGGCGCCUCAAAUAAUUCCACCAAUUCGCAGCCCGAGCCACGUAAAGUACGCGCCUUGUAUGAUUUCGAGGCAGCCGAAGAAAAUGAGUUGACAUUCUUUUCUAACGAAAUUAUACAUGUGUUGGAUGAUUCUGAUCCGAAUUGGUGGAAAGGCUAUAAUCAACGUGGCGAAGGUCUAUUCCCAUCGAAUUUCGUAACUGCCGAUUUGUCUGUCGAUCCGGAGCGUUUGGAUAUCAAUCAACAAAAUAAAACGAAAAAGAGCGUACAAUUCGAGGAUGAUGCCAAAGCAUUGCAAUUAAAGACUGAAGCUGCCGCUGCGGCAGUUGCUGAACAACGAAUCGAAAUCGAUGAAGAGAAAAUCGAUCGUCUCUUGCAUCUGUUGCACGAGGCGAAUCCUGAGGAUCCCUCGCAGGAUAGCGAAGAAAUGUUGCGUUUAGAACAGGAAGUACAUCAGAUGGGUCCACUGAUCGACACCGAACUCGAGCGUGUCGAUCGUAAGCAUGCACAACUCACACAGCUCUCCAGUGACUUGGUGGACGCCAUCAAUCUUUAUCAUUCACUAAUGCGCGACGAUCACAUGACACUGGCUGGUGGCCCACAGGCUGCUGGUUAUAUGGGUGGCAUGCCGCCCAUAACCGGCGCGUUGCCUGGCUUAGCUUAUCAGGGUGUGCCGAAUCCACAGAUGCUGUACGGUGCCGCUGGCUAUCCGGGCAAUGCAAAUUUUCCACCACAUAUGCAGCAAGCAGCACAUAUGCCGACACAUAACUAUGGUAUGCAAUCGUUGCCCUACGGAAAUCCAGGACAGUUGCCCGGCAAUGUUGCGCCAGUCACCACUGCUGCACCAGUAGCGGGUGGCGCUUACUCUAUACCCCAGCAGUAUCAAAAUGGACGCGUCAACGCGUCACAGCUUAAUGGCAACGUAUCUGGUGGUGUUGGCUUGAAUUCACUGCCUCCGUCUAUGUCAUCGUUACCCUACAUGGGUGCAGCUCCUCAGUUGCCGCCCACAUCUGCACCGCCAGCCUCUGAACAACAACAAAUGCCGCAAUCAACUAUGGCCGCUGCUAAUACCACCAACGUCGGUGUCUUUAAUCCGGUCAAUCAACUACAGCAGUUGGGCAAUAUGCAGCCGAUGCAGUCAUUGCCACCAAUGCCACAAUUUCCGAAUGGCAUAAACGAUAGCGUCAAUGCCAUACCACCCGAUCAAUUACAUCAGCAGCAGUCAUUUCCACACCAUCUACAACUGCCCCAACAUUACGGCCCCCUACCGACGUCUCAGCCACCACAAAAUGCGUUUAUGACAUCACCACCCACAUCUGCCACGGGCAUGGCUCCAGGCAUGCUACCGCCCAGCAGUCAUGGCAUGCAUAAUCCAACAAACGGCGGCGAUCAAUUCAGUCAAUUACAACAUCAAAUGGCUGCAAUUUCGCUGGCAGGCGGCGUUAAUCAGCCGCAACGGUAAGACGUUGGUUGGCAUCGACAAUAACUACGUUGUCAUAACUUUUCUACUCGUCCCUCGUUUUGUUACAAAAUAUAUAUUAUAUCAACAUCUAGAACAACAAUGAGCUGCUCGCAACUGUUUGGCGCUCUCACAUAACAAAUAAAGAGUUGUGCAUUGCCUAGCAAUGUGCCUUCGCUUUGGAAAUAAGCGUACUUGCUAUGUAAUUAUGCGGCAUUUUGCCUGCCACCUAUUCAUCAACAUAUAUUUUGCUAUUGUUAUUAUUCCUCCUUAUGUCCGUAUUAUUCUCAGUCGCGUUGAAGGCAUAAAGGCGUCAUAUUUUAAUUGCUACUAUUAAUGUUAAGUUGUUUUUUUUUAAAUAUUGGACGAACCGAACGUAUUGUUUCCUAACCUGGUUACUUGUGCUGGCGAACAGACGUUGCAGAAGACAGUUACA